AUGAGAAGUGCACCGGUCUUUACACAACAACAAUACAAUCCGAUUAUGCAAUUGCUUGGGACAAAAUCCGACAAUGAAAAGGCAUCAACCUCGAGCCAACCUCUAGCAAAUGUUACGGAUACUUUUACUUACCGUGCAAAUGUCAUGAAUGCUUGUUUGAAAGGAAGUUGGAUGAUUGAUAGUGGAGCUAAUGAACAUAUAUCUUGUAAGUUAGAUGAUAAUGCAUUGAUUUCCGACAUUGUUUCAAAACAUUUAGAAGUUCAAUUGCCAAAUGAUAAAUCAUCCUAA